AUGACGAUGCGAUACAUGUUCAUGAAGAACAUCGCGAAGCUGGAGGCCGCGCUCGCGUCGAUGCCGGGCGCGGCGCAGCCGACGCUCGUGGAGGGGAAAUGGCGCGCGCCCGCGAUGUCCAGGCGCAAAGUCGCGGAGCUGCGCAAGGCGGCGAUCGCGAUGGGGAAAGAGUGGCCGUGGGACGUCGCGAACAAGAAUCCGGAGUACAAGCCGCCGAAGGGGCACAAGCACGAGAGAGACCAGGGCUUGAGAGAGGCGAAGAUCGAGGCCGCGCUGAAGAAGCAGCCGGCGCUGAUCGAGGCGCACAAGAAGCACAGGCGAGAGGUUCGCGCGGGGAAGGACGUGACCGCGUUCGACCAGAUCUUGAUGACCACGAAGGAGAAGAUCCUGAAGUCGCGGCAGAACCCGGCGAACCAGAAGAGGAGUUGA